AUGGGUUUUGUGCAAGCCCAAAGUUUUGAUCACACUGUAUUGAGAAAGCCAUGGCAAUCAAUACUAUUCACGUUGACUUCUUCGGUGAUCGAAUCCACAACAGUCACUGACAACCCAAGCUAUGUUACUCAUUGGAUCUGGCAAACUGAGUCCGUCCAUGCGCGUCGCCUCCAUCGCCUCAUUGUUGGACUUGAUAUCGAGUGGCGGCCCACUUUCAACAGCAAUCAACAAAGCCAAGUCGCAAUUCUUCAGCUUUGCGUUGACCACCGUUGCCUCAUAUUUCAACUCCUGCACUGUCAUUACAUACCUACUGCUUUAACCACUUUCCUGGUCAACCCAAAUUACAACUUUGUUGGGGUUGGAAUCAAAGGUGACGUUGAGAAGCUGGAAAAGGAUUAUGGGAUAAGUGUGAAGAAUGUGGUUGACUUAAGGCAUUUGGCGGCGGAUGCUUAUGGCAUGACGGACCUGAGGAAUGCUGGGUUAAAGAAGAUGUGCGAAGUAGUUCUUGGAAAAGAAAUGGAAAAGCCCAAGCAUAUUACUUUGGGUAAAUGGGAUAACAAGUGGCUCAGCGAGGACCAAGUGCAGUAUGCUUGUAUUGAUGCUUUUGUUUCUUUCGAGAUUGGAAAACGCUUGAAUGCUUCUGGCGUUAUGCUGCUAAAUAAGGUUAAUUAAGCUGUUAAAUAAGGUUUUGGGCUGGAAUUUGGAUUUUGAUCUAUGAAGGGUGCACCGUUCUAAAUGCAGAUUUGGGUUCUAAUAUUUUGGGUUAAAUAUAAAAGAGUAAAUUUGAAAAGUUGUUGCUUCUGCCUUCUUUUAUUCUUCCAUUACUAGGAUAUUUAGUAUAAUGUGUAACUUUUUCAAGUCUAAA